AUGAAGCUUUUAAUUGUUAUUGUGAUGAUAAUAGUAACAAGUGCAGUUUCUAUUAAUUCUAAAUGUGCAGGUGAGGUUACAAAGCUUACUCCAAGAUUUUCUAAAUUAUAUGAAAAUGUGAAUGAUAGAAAGAUUGUGUAAAGUAUAAAAGAAAUAGUUGGAAUUUUAAAAUCAUUAGUAAAUGUAAAGAAAUCUUGUUCUGGAUCAGAAGGAGUUGAUAUAUAAACUUUUAAAUAAAAAAUAGGAGAUUGUAUGAAAGGAGGUUUUGAAUUAGCUACAAAUGCCUAUUAAUCAUAUAAUGAAUAUGAAGAAGAGGGAUUUUCAGAUAUUCUUGUUGAUAGUUUAGUUGAAAUGUCACAUUUAGUGGAACCUGUAAUAACAAAUUGUUGGGGAGAUGAUGUAAAAUCAGUUUUAGGAUUUGUAUUACCAAAUUAAUGUAUAUCUGUAAUUGAUGAUGUUGCAAAGAUUUCUUUAUAAAUUAUAGAAUAAAAAGAAAGACCACUGUUAGUGACUAAAGGAUUAAUCAAUUUAUAAAAGAUUUUUAAAUAAUCUAAAAAGGCUUGUCCAUUUGUAGAAAGUAUAAUUCCUAAAAAAAGUAAAAAAGACUAUGAUGAUGAUGAGAGUGAGAAUGAGGAUAGUGAUUUUUCUGAUGAUGAUGAUGAUAUGGAAGCAUUAUUUGAAUUAUUUGAAUGAUCAAUAUUUUAUUAAAGAAUAAG